AUGCCAGGAGCUCAGGCUCUGCUGGAUCUGGCACGUCCAGCUGUCCCUGUUGGAGUGGAUGUCCAGGUGGAGAGCUUGGACAGCAUAUCAGAGGUGGACAUGGACUUCACCAUGACCCUAUAUCUGAGGCACUACUGGAAGGACGAGAGGCUUGCCUUCCCCAGCACCACCAACAAGAGCAUGACCUUUGACGGGCGCCUGGUGAAGAAAAUCUGGGUGCCCGAUGUGUUCUUCGUCCACUCCAAGAGGUCCUUCAUCCACGACACCACCACUGAAAACAUCAUGCUGCGGGUGUUCCCUGACGGUCACGUCCUGUACAGCCUGAGGGUCACAGUGACUGCUGCGUGCAACAUGGAUUUCAGUCGCUUCCCUUUGGACUCGCAGACAUGCACGCUGGAGCUGGAGAGCUAUGCUUACACAGAUGAAGACCUGAUGCUGUACUGGAAGAGCGGUGAUGAGUCUCUGAGCACCGACGACAGGAUCUCUCUGUCUCAGUUCCUCAUCCAGAAGUUCCACACCUCUUCCAGACUGGCUUUCUACAGCAGCACAG